AUGUCUGGACGAGGAAAAGGCGGUAAGGGACUCGGCAAAGGAGGCGCCAAGCGGCACCGUAAAGUAUUGCGCGAUAAUAUCCAAGGAAUCACCAAACCAGCAAUCCGUCGUCUCGCUCGCCGUGGCGGUGUCAAGCGUAUCUCCGGUCUGAUCUACGAGGAGACUCGCGGUGUGUUGAAGGUGUUUCUGGAGAACGUGAUCCGUGACGCUGUCACAUACACCGAACACGCCAAGAGAAAGACCGUCACUGCCAUGGACGUUGUGUACGCGCUGAAACGACAGGGACGAACUUUUCCAACAUCAUUAAAUGUAAUAAAUAAUCUGUUCAUCAUGGCAAGAACUAAACAAACCGCCCGCAAGUCCACCGGUGGAAAAGCCCCGAGGAAGCAGCUCGCUACUAAAGCCGCACGUAAGAGCGCUCCAGCCACCGGUGGAGUCAAGAAGCCUCAUCGUUACAGGCCCGGUACCGUAGCGCUGAGAGAGAUCCGCCGUUAUCAGAAGUCCACUGAGCUGUUGAUCCGCAAACUGCCUUUCCAGCGUCUGGUGAGAGAAAUCGCUCAGGAUUUCAAGACGGAUCUGCGCUUCCAGAGCUCCGCCGUCAUGGCCCUGCAGGAGUCCAGCGAGGCCUAUUUGGUCGGUCUCUUUGAGGACACCAACUUUCAAAAGCUUCUCAUCAUGUCUGGACGAGGAAAAGGCGGUAAGGGACUCGGCAAAGGAGGCGCCAAGCGGCACCGUAAAGUAUUGCGUGAUAACAUCCAAGGAAUCACCAAACCAGCAAUCCGUCGUCUCGCUCGCCGUGGCGGUGUCAAGCGUAUCUCCGGUCUGAUCUACGAGGAGACUCGCGGUGUGUUGAAGGUGUUUCUGGAGAACGUGAUCCGUGACGCCGUCACAUACACCGAACACGCCAAGAGAAAGACCGUCACUGCCAUGGACGUUGUGUACGCGCUGAAACGACAGGGACGAACUCUGUACGGCUUCGGAGGUUAAACGACUUUAUUCUGCGGACAUCAGACAAACCCAACGGCUCUUUUAAGAGCCACCCAUGUUCUCCCUUAAAGAGUCAACGUUUGAAGAGCUAGUACUAUAUGUUGCCAUCUAUAUAUUAAUACUUCGUGCUUUCUCAGCAGCAAGACCAGGAACAGCCAGUCAUACUUCUAUGGGCCAACAUCCUGUUGAUGCUGAAGGGUCGAGGCUGUUUGCACCCUACUCUAGGCAGGCCGGUGGUGCUAUGGGUUGGUCAAGACAACCAAGGCGUGCCAACAACCAGCAAACCACUGGUUCUGCCGGUGCACCUUCUCACACACCCACAUUUACAUACACGCGCACAUUUUGUGCCCUUGCCCGCAAAGACUGUGCAGUUGUGCCCACAAGGGCUGAGAAGGAGCGCCUACAAAGGGCAGGAUUGGGGGAGAGGCGCCUGUGCUUUCGAGGUGACCUACACAGCCCACAGCAGUUUACUGAAUUUAUACAUACAAAUUAUCCAAAGUUGAGAGAUGCAGGGGGGUUUGAGUUGAUGCGGAUUUGUGGCAACACCAGGAGUCGACAGCUGUCACUUCUCCCUUGUCCAAAUGAGGGCUACACAGCUCAAUACUUGAAGGAUCCUGUUCUCCUCAUCCACCAUACCACAUUAUACAUUCGCCCCCUUCAGUGUAAUGUCAGCACAGAACAGGAAAUAAUUGGUAGACCUUCAGACACUGGACCCUUAACACCAUGUGUUCUGUGUGGAGAGGAAUUUCCAUUUUCCCACUUAAGGGAACACAAUAGGACCUGUGCACGCAGGAGCAGCAAGUGCCACUGGAAACCCACCUACAGAGGCCACCAUUGAUGUAGCAACAGGAAUUGCACCUGGUCCUGGAAUCCCACCUACAGAGGCCACCAUUGAUGCUUGGGUUACACAACCGGACCCAGUGAAAGCAGCCCAGCUUUUCACACAGGCAGCUCUUGAAAACAAACAACAUAUGGAGCCCCUCACAUUCACCCUGAGUCUCAUGGACUCUGAAGAAGAGAGACACAGAGCGAUCAUCUCAUUAUACAAGAGGCCCAGGGUGGAGUGGUCAAGGCCCCUAACUUGCAGAUUGAUUGGUGACUCUGCUAUUGGUGAAGGCGUAAAACGGCAUGUGCUGUCCACUGUGAUGGGAGCCGUCCAGAGUGGUUUCCUUCUGGAUGAAAAAAAAGGAGCUCCUGGAGGGUGAUUUAUUUGUGACUGCAGGAAGGAUGGUUGGUCAUUCAUUCUUGAAUGGGGGCCCAUGUCUCACUGGCCUAAGCACAGCAAUCAUCCAUGUACUUUUUGGCAGCAGUCGGGAGAUGGCAACCAUAUCCCUGUCAGACUGUGUGGAUCAGGAUGUCCGGGAUGUCUUGGCACUGGUCUGGAGUAACAUGUUUUAUUUAUAUAAUGUAGUGUUUCCUAACCGCACUAUUAUCAAA